AUGGGCUAUCCCUGGGUGGUGCGCAAGGCGCUAAUGAAGUAUGGGGCCAAGUCCACUGACAUUGUGAGGCACAAGGGCUCCCUGAUGACUGUGACCACUGUCAACGCCAAGGGGUCGUGGACCCGGACGCUUGACACAGAGAAGACCCUGCAGCAGAGGAGUGCGGAGGGAAGAUUGUGCAAGACGACGGCGUUUUGGGACGGCAAGAUCCACAAGUCGCGCAUGGAGCCGGUGGAGGGAUCGCCCCAGGGCAGGCGCACCGAGUCCUGGCGCUUCAUGGACUCCGGCAUGAUGGUUGUGCGCAGCGCGCUGCAGACUGAAAAGGGCAAGGAUGUGGUCAUGUUCUGGUACCUGGAAGCCAUCGAGAUGCCUGAACGGCCGCGCGGCCUUUUUGGCAGGAGCCGGCUGCGGCGCAUUGCCAAUGACCAGAAGAGGGUCAUGCGCGCAACCGGCAGCGACAACCAGUACUUGCGGUACCUGGGAAGCAAUAUGGCGAAAUGGGUGACCCCAGCGGACCAGUACAUCUCCAUGCGCUCCGCGGAAAAGGAGUCCCGGGCACAUGAAACGCUGAUGUCGGGCAACACGUCACCGCGCUCCUUCUCCUCCAACGCGUUCUCUCCCUUCUCGUCAUCCCCCCGCGCUGCCUCAGGGAACGCCCAGCUGCCCUCCUGGGGCAGCGCAGCCGGCUCCUCCGUGCAUCGCGAGAGCAGCGCCUCCGAGGCGCGGCCGCCACACCCGCCGCUGACAUCAACCGCGCCGCAAGCCUCUGACAUCAGCGCAGGCGCCUUGGAGGCAACGCACAGGAGGGAGGGCAGCGGCGGCGCGCCGCCGGCCCCGGGCCUUGAGGAGUGCAAGACGGACAGCGGCAAGACCGACAAGACCGACGGCGGCCGAAGCGACGGCGCGCGCUCGGCCACGGCGCCGCCGCUGGCCGGCCGGCCCGGGCCGCUGCCGCACCCGCCGCCGCCGCAGCCGCAGCCGCCCGCGCAUGCUCGGUCGUACUCCAACGCGAGCAGCAUAGCCGGCGUGGAGCUGUACCCUUCGGGCAACCUGGGCAGCGGCAGCGGGCAGCUGGGCGGGGCCCAUCACGCGCACAGGCGUUCCCUCACCAACUUGAGCGAAUUAGGAGCCGAGAAGUCUCCCGAGAGCGCCAGCCGCGUCCGGCCGCCGCCCGAAUCACUCGAGGCACAGCUCAGCCACAAGCUUCAGGAGUAUGCAGAGAACCGUAGCAUAACAAGCGUGGUGCCUGUGGACAAUCCCCUCACCACCGAUGAGCCAGAACUUCUAGAGAUGUCGCCAGAACAGGCGGAGGAGACGCAAUUGAAGCUGGUGGAGCUGGAGAGGGAGCUGCGUGCAGCUGCCAGGAAGCGGCACGAGUACGCAGAGGGCCGCGAGUGUUUCUGCUGCACCUGCGUGUUCCACUCUUUCGUGAUCCCCGCCUAUGUCCGGACUUGGGACCUUUGA